AUGAAGAAGUUUUUUAGCUUCGGGAGUAAGAAGGGCGGGUCGUCCUUUCGCGUUACCAGCUCGCCGAGGGACAGCCCGGGCAUCCUGCGUGAGAAGAGAAUUGGAACCAACAGCUUCGGGUGGGGGUACAACAUCCGAGACAGAGAUCUCAGAAAGAUCCACAGAGUUGCCAGCAUGGGCAACGUAAGGAAGCUGCAGGAGAUUCUAUUUUUCGGGAAACACGGCGUGGACGAAAGAGACAAGAUGAACAGGACUGCUCUCCAUUUGGCCUGUGCCAAUGGCCAUCCAGAUGUCGUUGCUGUCCUAGUGGAGAGGAAAUGCCAGCUUGACCUCUUUGAUAAAGAUUAUAGGACUGCUCUGAUGAAGGCUGCACAAUGUCAGAAUGAGAGAUGUGUGACUAUUCUUCUAGAACACGGUGCUGAUCCAAAUCUUACGGACAUUGCUGGCAAUACUGCGCUCCACUAUGCCGCCCUUGGUUCGAAUACAUCAAUAGCAGAGAAGCUGCUUCUACACCAUGCAAAUAUUGAAGUGAGAAACAAGGAUGAACUCACACCAUUUUUACUUGCUGUAAGUGAGAACAAACAGCAAAUGGUGGAAUUUUUAAUAGAAAAAGAAGCAAAUGUACAUGCAGUUGAUAAGUUGCAAAGCAGUCGCCAACUAAUUGCCGAACAUAGAGAAGAAAAACUUAUCAAUUAUUUGCAAAGUAAGAAUGCAGUGGCAGAUAAGAGUUCUGAAGAAGAGUCUUUAAGCAGUAUUUCUAUUAAACCUGGUACUGAUGAUUCAUGGCCUACAUCAGAUGAUGAAGACUUUAAUUUUGAUAUCAAGACUGUCCCAAAACCAAACUUGAGAGCGCUAAUGAAUGCUUCUGAGCAAUUCAAGAAUGUGGGAACAAAAUGUGGCCUUAUAACACUAGGAGGUAGAACUUUAUCUGAGCACGAUAAUUCUGAUUAUGAAGAUGAAAAUAUAGUUGGACUUCUUUACAAACCACCAUUCAAAGCCAAUGACUUUUCUUGUCCUGCUUUUUCAAAACCUUCUGUCAAGUCGUUAGCAGGCCAUGGUGUUAUAAAGGAAGGAGAGGUGCAGCCGGCAACUGGAAAAAAGGACAAUGGUAUUAAUAUUACUGAAAGUGCUCCACAAGAGCAAACAGUUAAUGACCAUCUAACUUCUGCUGAUAGAGCAUACAAAAGUAAUAGUAGUGUUACGAUGUCAGCAUUGGGAUUAGGAGAAGAGGAAGAUGGAGAAUCACCUUGGGAUUCUGAGGUAGGAAGUUCAAUAGGAGAUUAG